GCGCUCCAGAACGCAGACCGCGAGAGCGUGGGCAUGGAUGCGGCCGCCGCUCGUGAUACCACUUUUGCGGCAACGUAGAAGCUGUCUGUGUAGCACGCGAUGCCGUGCCGCUCUCGUCCGGCAGGGCGCUCCAGAUUCAAACGGCUGGGCCGGCUCAAAAUGUAGCGCUGUGGUGCCGCGCGCGUCCGCCCAGUGGAAAAGGCGGGCUCACGCAGCGGGAGCUACACGCCAGGCCCGUCGCAGGGAGAGUUGACGAUGCCACGGGGAUGCGAAGCUGCGCCCAUGAGGAAAGGGAACUCCCGAGGGAGCGGAGGGAAGAGAUGUAGUACGCUGCUUGCUCACGUGAGGGAGGACUCUCGGCGCGCAACAUUUGCGUCUUCGAUAAACACGAAGGGAACAGCCUGGUGUCCUCACACCAGGACUGGCUAGCCCACGCAAACUAUUUCAGUCAGAUGGGGUCGAACUCCCCCUCCCCUGUUCCUCACACCACGACGGUGAACUGCGCCUGCGGGCACUUGGCCACCGCCGCGUCCCAGACGGCCUCGACGUCCGUCUUGCAGUCGGGGUUGAACUUGAUGUUGGGGAACUUCUCCGUGAUCACCUGGCAGAUCUCGUCAACGGCCUUGUCCUCGACCUGCUUCUGCGACGCGAGCUCGCAAAUCAUCUUCUCGAUGUCCGCCGGGCUCGGCAGCGUCAGCUGAGCCUGCGGGCACUUGGCCACCGCCGCGUCCCAGACGGCCUCGACGUCCGUCUUGCAGUCGGGGUUGAACUUGAUAUUGGGGAACUUCUCCGUGAUCACCUGGCAGCUCUCGUCAACGGCCUUAUCCUCGACCUGCUUCUGCGACGCGAGCUCGCAGAUCAUCUUCUCGAUGUCCGCCGGGCUCGGCAGCGUCAGCUGCGCCAGCGGGCACUUGGCCACCGCCGCGUCCCAGACGGCCUCGACGUCGUCUUGCAGUCGGGGUUGAACUUGAUGUUGGGGAACUUCUCCGUGAUCACCUGGCAGAUCUCGUCAACGGCCUUGUCCUCAACCUGCUUCUGCGACGCGAGCUCGCAGAUCAUCUUCUCGAUGUCCGCCGGGCUCGGCAGCGUCAGCUGCGCCUGCGGGCACUUGGCCACCGCCGCGUCCCAGACGGCCUCGACGUCUGUCUUGCAGUCGGGGUUGAACUUGAUGUUGGGGAACUUCUCCGUGAUCACCUGGCAGAUCUCGUCAACGGCCUUGUCCUCGACCUGCUUCUGCGACGCGACCUCGCAGAUGAGCUUCUCGAUGUCCGCCGGGCUCGGCAGCGUCAGCUGCGCCUGCGGGCACUUGGCCACCGCCGCGUCCCAGACGGCCUCGACGUCUCUUCUCGAUGUCCGCCGGGCUCGGCAGCGUCAGCUGCGCCUGCGGGCACUUGGCCACCGCCGCGUCCCAGACGGCCUCGACGUCGUCUUGCAGUCGGGGUUGAACUUGAUGUUGGGGAACUUCUCCGUGAUCACCUGGCAGAUCUCGUCAACGGCCUUGUCCUCGACUGCGACGCGAGCUCGCAGAUGAGCUUCUCGAUGUCCGCCGGGCUCGGCAGCGUCAGCUGCGCCUGCGGGCACUUGGCCACCGCCGCGUCCCAGACGGCCUCGACGUCGUCUUGCAGUCGGGGUUGAACUUGAUGUUGGGGAACUUCUCCGUGAUCACCUGGCAGAUCUCGUCAACGGCCUUGUCCUCGACCUGCUUCUGCGACGCGACCUCGCAGAUGAGCUUCUCGAUGUCCGAUGGGCUCGGCAGCGUCAGCUGCGCCUGCGGGCACUUGGCCACCGCCGCGUCCCAGACGGCCUCGACGUCCGUCUUGCAAUCGGGGUUGAACUUGAUGUUGGGGAACUUCUCCGUGAUCACCUGGCAGAUCUCGUCAACGGCCUUGUCCUCGACCUGCUUCUGCGACGCGAGCUCGCAGAUGAUCUUCUCGAUGUCCGCCGGGCUCGGCAGCGUCAGCUGCGCCUGCGGGCACUUGGCCACCGCCGCGUCCCAGACGGCCUCGACGUCUGUCUUGCAGUCGGGGUUGAACUUGAUGUUGGGGAACUUCUCCGUGAUCACCUGGCAGAUCUCGUCAACGGCCUUGUCCUCGACCUGCUUCUGCGACGCGACCUCGCAGAUGAUCUUCUCGAUGUCCGCCGGGCUCGGCAGCGUCAGCUGCGCCUGCGGGCACUUGGCCACCGCCGCGUCCCAGACGGCCUCGACGUCCGUCUUGCAGUCGGGGUUGAACUUGAUGUUGGGGAACUUCUCCGUGAUCACCUGGCAGAUCUCGUCAACGGCCUUGUCCUCGACCUGCUUCUGCGACGCGACCUCGCAGAUGAGCUUCUCGAUGUCCGCCGGGCUCGGCAGCGUCAGCUGCGCCUGCGGGCACUUGGCCACCGCCGCGUCCCAGACGGCCUCGACGUCUGUCUUGCAGUCGGGGUUGAACUUGAUGUUGGGGAACUUCUCCGUGAUCACCUGGCAGAUCUCGUCAACGGCCUUGUCCUCGACCUGCUUCUGCGACGCGACCGCAGAUGAGCUUCUCGAUGUCCGCCGGGCUCGGCAGCGUCAGCUGCGCCUGCGGGCACUUGGCCACCGCCGCGUCCCAGACGGCCUCGACGUCCGUCUUGCAGUCGGGGUUGAACUUGAUGUUGGGGAACUUCUCCGUGAUCACCUGGCAGAUCUCGUCAACGGCCUUGUCCUCGACCUGCUUCUGCGACGCGAGCUCGCAGAUGAGCUUCUCGAUGUCCGCCGGGCUCGGCAGCGUCAGCUGCGCCUGCGGGCACUUGGCCACCGCCGCGUCCCAGACGGCCUCGACGUCCGUCUUGCAGUCGGGGUUGAACUUGAUGUUGGGGAACUUCUCCGUGAUCACCUGGCAGAUCUCGUCAACGGCCUUGUCCUCGACCUGCUUCUGCGACGCGAGCUCGCAGCUUCUCGAUGUCCGCCGGGCUCGGCAGCGUCAGCUGCGCCUGCGGGCACUUGGCCACCGCCGCGUCCCAGACGGCCUCGACGUCGUCUUGCAGUCGGGGUUGAACUUGAUGUUGGGGAACUUCUCCGUGAUCACCUGGCAGAUCUCGUCAACGGCCUUGUCCUCGACCUGCUUCUGCGACGCGAGCUCGCAGAUCAUCUUCUCGAUGUCCGCCGGGCUGGGCAGCGUCAGCUGCGCCUGCGGGCACUUGGCCACCGCCGCGUCCCAGACGGCCUCGACGUCCGUCUUGCAGUCGGGGUUAAACUUGAUGUUGGGGAACUUCUCCGUGAUCACCUGGCAGAUCUCGUCAACGGCCUUGUCCUCGACCUGCUUCUGCGACGCGACCUCGCAAAUGAGCUUCUCGAUGUCCGCUGGGCUCGGCAGCGUCAGCUGCGCCUGCGGGCACUUGGCCACCGCCGCGUCCCAGACGGCCUCGACGUCCGUCUUGCAGUCGGGGUUGAACUUGAUGUU